CUACAAGCUGCAUACAUGCUUGACCAUGUCUAACGACUCGAAUGCAGUAGGCUUAGUGUCUCAUCUGUUCCUAUGUUCGGUCCUGCUCAGGAGUGGCGGCCGUUUCUGGCAUGUGAUUAUCAAAGAGGAGGAAAGAGGAUUCUUCUAUGUUCACACGGGCGAGGCGUUUCAAACGAAAAUGGAGCUACUGGCCUAUUACGUGACACACCAACUGAGCGACACACUGCCGACCAGACUGUUGCAUUGUGUGAACGUGAACGAGCUGAGUCUGUAUGAUUGUAUAGACUAGACACACUCGGCCGUAUCAACUUAGCUAGUACGUUUAUAGGAGGGGCGGGGAGAGACUCAACCUGUACUGAGACAAGAAAAAAGAAAGAUGCAAGAAGAAGGAGAAACAAUUGUUAUUUUUUUUGCUUUUUAAAAUGCUUAUCA